AUGCCUCUGAUAGCUUCGGCACCCCGAGACCGCAUCAUCCUGGGUCUGAUGACCUUUGGACCUGAUGCUAGCGCCGGCGCCCGCAUCACCGACGUCAGCGAAUUCAACCGGUGCCUAGACACCUUCCAAGCUCGCGGCUACAACGAGGUCGAUACUGCGCGGGUCUACAUCGACGGGCAGCAAGAGGCCUUCACGCGUGAGACCAAAUGGAAGGAGCGUGGAUUGACCUUGGCCACCAAGUUCAAGUAUCCCGCCGAAGCCGGCACGUACCAGGCGGCAAAGGUAGUCGAGAGUCUCGAGACAAGCCUCAAGGAGUUGGGUACGGAGUCCGUGGACAUCAUCUACCUCCACGCAGCCGACCGCGCGACACCCUUUGCCGAGACUCUCGAGGCCGUAGACAAGCUCCACAAGGCGGGCAAGUUCGUGCAAUUCGGCAUCUCUAACUUUACGGCCGCCGAGGUGGCCGAGGUUGUGCUGACGUGCAAGUACAACGGCUGGGUACGCCCGACUGUCUACCAGGGGAUGUACAACGCCAUCACGAGGGGCAUCGAGGCGGAGCUGAUACCGACCUGUCGCCGCUAUGGACUGGAUAUCGUGGUGUAUAACCCGAUCGCAGGCGGUCUCUUCAGCGGCAAGAUCAAGAGCGUGGACAUCGACCCGGCGGAGGGCCGCUUCAGCACCAAGAGCAGCACGGGUGCCAACUACCGCCGCCGGUACUUCAAGGAGAGCACGUUCAAGGCACUGCAGACGGCGGAGCGGGCCGUGGAAAAGCACCCAGAGCUGAGCUUGGUCGAAGUAGCGCUGCGGUGGGUGGUACACCACAGUAAGUUGAAGAUCAAGGGCGGUACCGACGGGAUCCUCAUCGGGGUCAGCUCACACGACCAGCUCGUGAGCAACCUGGAUAAUCUGGAGAAGGGACCGCUACCGGAGGACGUUUUGCAGGCGCUAGAUGAGGCGUGGAAGAUCGCGCAGCCGGAUGCGCCCAACUACUGGCACAAGGAUCUCGUGUACACAUACGACACACGGGCGGCACUGUUUGGGCCUGGGGCGAACAUCCCGGCUCGCUUGCAACCGACGUACCAGUAUUCGAAGGCCGAGCCGUCACCCCUAUCCGCAAGUUCCUACGGAUCGAGUAUAGAAGACUACAUCGGCAGCGGUACCGAUACCGUGGGAGGGAGAACGCCCGUAUUUGAUAGGCGCCUCCGAGCCGCUGAAUUCCGCGCGUCCGAAUCCGACUCUGACGACGACGAGACCGCUAUGUCGGGGAACAAGCGGCCAGCCUUCCUCCGCCCGGCCGACGGCCGCGCCGUCACGCCGCUCCUCAAGAAAAUAGCCGACGAAGACCGUGGGAGGUCACGAUACAGCGGCUCCCUACCCGCGACGCCUAUGUCUCUCCCCAUCUCCAGUCCUGCUACCAUCCAGUCUCCCUACACGCCCCGGUCGACCGUACGGUCUCUAUCCCCCGACACGCAGGCGCGCAUGGCCGUCCGCAAAAAGUAUACUUACGCCGCCGUCUUCCUCGUCGUAUCGCUCGUUUCCUUCUGCAUCCAGACUGAGCUCGGCCGGUAUGUGCAACACGAGCUGGGUUGGGAUAAGGCGUACUGCAUGCUUUAUCUCACACACGGAUCCUGGGCCCUACUGUGGCCCGUACAACUUGUGAUACUGCGCAUACAGAAGCGAGACGUGCCGUGGCCGACCUUCUGGCGGAGACACCUGUACUUGCUGCGCUCGACUGCGCACAUGGUCGCCCAGCAGGAGACGGACAUCCCGCGACAUGUCAUACAGCGCAGCCCCUUGCCCUACAUGAUCCGGACCACUGCCUUCAUAACCACCUCUCUAACCGUCGCCGGCCUCAGUUGGUACGUCGCCGUUAGCAUGACCACCCCGAGCGACUUGACCGCCAUCUACAACUGCUCCGCCUUCUUUGCCUACGCAUUUAGUGUGCCGUUGCUAAAGGAGAAGCUACGUCUCGACAAGUCAAUAUCUGUCCUCAUUGCCAUCGCCGGCGUGUUGGUCGUAGCGUACGGGGACCCGAGCGGCCCGGCGGCUGCGGGAGGGGAUGGCUCUAGCGACAACGCCGCUUCUACCCGCUUCCUCGGAAACAUGAUCAUCGGCGCCGGCAGCGUGCUGUAUGGUCUUUACGAGGUCAUGUACAAGCGGUGGGCGUGCCCGCCGGAGGGUACCUCGGCGACACGCGGCAUGAUCUUCGCCAACGCGUUCGGAACCUGCAUCGGCCUGUUCACACUGCUCGUGCUGUGGGUGCCACUGCCGGUGCUCCAUGUUUUGGGCUGGGAGACAUUCGAAAUACCGACGGGUGCCGCUGCUUUCUACCUCAUCAUCAGCAUCGUCAUGAACGCGACGUUCGCGGGCAGUUUCCUUGUGAUGAUCUCGCUAACCUCACCAGUGCUCAGCUCCGUCGCGGCGCUGCUGACCAUCUUCAUCGUUGCCGUCGUCGAUUGGCUGCUCACGGGCCAGUCGAUGGGCAGCGCCACGGUCACAGGAGGCUGCAUGAUCGUCGUCGCCUUCCUCAUGCUAAGCUGGAGCACUUGGCGCGAGAUGGCCGAGGACGCCGAGCGCAAGACUGUUAUUGCCGAUGGCCCUGUGGGCGCGGCCGACUGGAGCAGCGAUGACGACGACAAGGACGACGACCGACUCGAUUAA